AUAGAGAGGGAGGGAGAGAGAGUGGAGUUGUGUCCCAUAUGUGGAAAAAAGCAUAGCAGUGCACACACACGAGUCUGGUCUGCUCCAGGGAUUAUCGUAGCGCUUUCAGAUCUGAUGGAGGACAUGCAGGCAUGAGGCUGUUCUGUUGUCAGUGCGAGCUCAUGCCAGUGAUGGACUACAGCCGGACGGACGCUAACCUUAGCCGGCGUUCACAAAACAGCAUUCCUCCUUACUGAGACCAGCUCCACAGAAUGCUGAGUCCUAUUGUCCCCUAUAGCCUGUUAAAGAUGCACUGGAACCCAGAGCAUGCCCAGCCUCUCAGCCAGUGGCCUGAGCAGCACCUGGACGUCUCCUCCACCACCUCCUCUCCGGCCCACAAGUCGGAGUUAUACUCUGGCCGCAGCCGCGGCUCCUACAACUACGCCUGGGCCAAUGACGACAUCUCUGCUCUCACCGCCUCCAACCUGUUGAAGCGCUAUGCUGAGAAGUAUGCUGGUGUGCUGGACUCACCAUAUGACCGGCCGCCUACUGUGGGCGCCUACCCAGAGCCAGGGGCCUUUGGGGGCCUCAACGGCCAGAAGACUGAGCUGGAGCCCUGGCCACUGACGCACAGCACUGAUGCCUCCUAUUCCCUUGUGCCACCUGGAGGCCAUGACAGCCUCUCAGGAUCCAAGUCUGUAGCCACAUCUGCAGGCCCUCCAGGGGUUGGUAGUGUGUCGGUGGUGAACAGUAACCUCUCAGACUCUGGCUACAGUGGCAGCAGCUCCUGUAGUGGCUCCAGCGAGUACCCCUCUAGCUACAAUGGCACCUAUCUUUCCUCAGGGUACUGUCCCCAACCCAGUGCAGCACUUCCCCCUGCCUCUCUCCACACUCUGCAGUCCACCCCCACUCUGGUGGCCAGCUAUAGCCCCACCACACCUGUCUAUAACUACCCCCCUAGCACAUACCCUCCCCAGACCAGCCUUGCCCCCAGCUACAGCCACCCCUCUGCAACUUACCUGCCCUCAGGUCUACCAGCACCUACUCCCGUUCCCUCCAGGCCCACAGUGGUAGGAGGCAGCUAUAGUUACCAGAGCACCAAUCUUGGGACGUCUGAGUCUGGAGGGACAUUAAAACGGAAAGCGUUCGAGAUGAGUGCAGAAGAGGAUGAGAGCGUGGAUGGGUCUCGAUACAGGAAAUAUAGCUAUGACCCCUUGAAGGCAGGGGGAAGCUCACCCUACAGUGUGAAUGACAAGACAGAGUGCCGGGGAAACGGCUUCAGCAGUUCAGGCAGCACAGACCCUCAACCUUUCAAGCCCAGUAAGCCCUCCUCCCAGCCCCUGGUGUCUCCUCAGUAUGGGGCAGCAGGGGAGUACAGCCCUCCAGCAGGGAUGACAGGGGAGAAUGGUGUGUCGGAGCAGGGCUUCAUCCAACAGCAGCAGCACCGCUCCCAGGCCCACAAGCGCCCUCCAUUGUGUGCCCCAACUGUUGAGACUAUGAAGAGCCCAGACCCCCGGCUGUUGGACCUUGUCAAUGGGGAGUUACUGGACUGCAGCCCGGCACUGGGCUGGGGCGAGCUGGCCGGGCUCACCCAUGUCAAGACUGCCCUGGAGGAGGACCUUCUGUGGCCCGUGUUGAGGCCCAGUCCAGUGGUGCGGCCACCAAGAACCGUCCUGCUGUUUGGCCCCCGGGGAGGGGGUAAGACGACAUUGACUCGUUCUUUGGCUUCACAGCUGGGGGCUUCCUUCUACCGGCUGAGUGGAGCCAUGCUGGCCUCUAAAGGGAAGGCAGAGGCAGAGCACAUUCUGGGCUCUCUUUUGCAGGUGGCAGCGGCACGGCAGCCCUCAGUGGUGCUGCUCAGCCAGGUGGAGGCCAUGGAAGAAGAGGGGCUGCGGCAGACACUGCUGACCACCCUGGAGAAAGCCCAGGUGGGGACCACAGGUCUGGUGAUUCUUGUAUGUGCCACCGGCAGGCCAGACCUGCUGCAAGAUGCGGUUCAUCGGAGCUUUGCCAAGCGGUAUCACGUCGGGCUGCCAGAUGUGGGUAUGCGCAGACAGGUGCUGCUGCAGGCACUGUCGCCCCAGGGCUGGGGCUUGAGCGAGAGGGAGCUGAGCGCUGUGCUGCAGCGCACAGAGGGCUUCUCAGUGUGGGAGCUGCUUCAGCUCAGCCAGCAGGCGCUCUCCUCUGCGUCCUCCCCCACUGGGGCCAUGCAUGGCCUCCCCACAUCCUCCAAACCCCCGGCCUUCACAGACUUUGAGAAUGCCUUCUGCAAGGUGCGCCCGCACACCACCACAAAAGAACUGGACACUUGUAUAGAGUGGAGCAAGAUGUAUAACCACUGAGAAAGCAGCCAGUCGCUGUACUUGGACUGCGUUAUGACCCUGUCUUUGCUUUGAAAUGGCAAGCCUUGGGAAUGUUUUGUUGUUGUUUUGUAAUUACAGAUUAUGCAGCCAAAAGAGCCAGAGAAGCUCAGUGAUACGGGAGAGCUGAAAAAACUUGUUUUACUGGCAGAAGCAUGCCAUGGUGUGCUGUUUUUGUUUUCAUAUGAAUAUCCGCAAUAUUUUAUUUUUCCCAAAGAAAAGGAAGAUGAAUAGGCCUUGUUGACUGGGGUAGUGUAUUAGUCUUUUUGGCCAGUGGGAAAAUCAGAUUAUGAACUAUUUGGAUACUCUCAGAGAUCCUGAUUAGCCUUGGUCCAGGACAAAAUCAAUUAUUUGUUGCUAGGUGACGUGGUCCAAGAUUAUGGAUAAUCAGGGUUUGGAAAAUCCCCCCUUUGACUGCUAUUCUCAGGAUCCUAUUUAUUGCCAGUCCACUUCCAUGUUAUCCCAAUGUUGAUUUAGGCAUUGGAUUGUCGCUAAUAAUUCAGUACGAAGGGCUCAGGAUCAGCCACAUUUCAGCAAAACCACAGUUUUUGACCAAAAACACGUCAAACCAAGUGCAUAAUCAGCAGCGAAGACUGGUCCUCAAAGUCACAGUAAAUAAAUCCUUGAAAGCUUCUCACCAAAUCAAAACAGUUAAUCCUAACUAUUCCAAAAAAAGAGGAAAAUCAAAUAACUUAUUACAUCCAAACACGCUGCUGUCCUUCCUUCAGUAGUUCAAGUAAAACCUUGCAGUUACACUCGACAUGUUUUCUUGUAGAAGUAUUUCACAUGUUUUGUCAGUUAACUCACCAGUAUUAUUAUGGUAUGGACAACUUCUUUUCUUAUUUCUGGGUCGUUGCCCUUCACUUCCACAUACAUUUGCUCUCAAUCUCACAUUCCUCAUCGUUUGCCGUUUUCCUGAGAAUCCCGCUUAAAGAACAAAACGCACCCACCUGCACACCCAGAUUCUCUGUUUUCUAGUUCACUUACUCCUUUUGUUUUCUUAGUGUGUAGUCUUGUUUGAAAUGCUCAGGAAGAAUUUCUUUACCUCAGAAAUAUGAAAUUAAAGAAUGUAUGUAAUCUUAGGGUCUUAGUAGAGAGCGGCGUGGAGCGAGAUAAAGGAGCGAGGAGAAACCUGACAGUCUUGUAACACCCACUACAGCUGGGCUUUUACCUCGGGAGAGAAACUUGAAUAUGCUACAAAGAGUAUCAUUGAAUGUAAUUCAGGUAUUUCAAAGGAUAUUUGAUGCCAUAAAUCCAUGUAUUAUUAUAUAUGAAUAUAUAAAUACGUUUUCUUUUCUGUUCUUUUACCCUUUAUUUUUAUUGUAGUUUAUGGUGGAGUGAUGAUUGUCUUCAAGAAAUGCUAUGUAGAAUAACGAAAAUAUUCCUUUUUUUGUUGGACAAACUGCUUGCAGAUAUCUGGUAUUUAGUGUUUACAUAUCCUUUAUAUGCAUGUCUGCAGAAGAUAGUUUGAAAAUGUAAAUAUCACGCACACAAUCACACACGUGCACUCACAGUGAGCACAAAAGCCACUGAUGCGAGAAAGGUUUCAAGCUUAAGUUGUUCUAACAGCUCACAGGUGAUGUGUACAUAUUGUGGAUGAGCCCAACAUGUAGACAAUCCAGACAAAUCUCUACUUUUCCACCAGUCCUACAGUUCUGUUUUAACAGCCUGGAAAAAGCACGUCACAGGACUGCAGGUACAGAGUUCGUACAUAUUAGACUGUUGCCAUGGUCCUGAGGAGGUAUAAACAGAAUGAUGUAAUAUUUCCUACCACCCCUCCCUCCCUCCGUCUCUCCCUCCCUCCACCCCUCAUCAUUAUUUUUCUCUUUUUCUCUCUCCCCAGUGCAAUCUCAUUAGAUUGGAUUGCCCCCUGGCCACAAGCUUCAGUGGCCAUGUGGCGUAUCCUCUCCCCACCCCCUCCUCCCCCCUUCCCUUAUACCGAUUCCUCCGGAGUGGAAGUGGACUGAUUGAUGUCCAGCAACCCUAUAUCACAGUGCAGCCGUCCCUCUCCAGCUGGUGGCUUCAGUCAUGCCAUGCAGCCAGAUCAAUCAGAGUGACCCCCGCUGUGCAUACUGAUCACUGUCUCAGAAGCUGAAAACACAUUUAAAAAUUACAGAACAACCCCUGCCUCAAGCGGCCACGGUCUACAUAAUGCUAGCGAUUAUUCACAGGUAAUUACAGAAGUGAAAUAAUAACGAUGACUUUGAGGUAUGAAUAGGUGCAACAUUUUGAUUUGUUGCUCCCUCUGCUCCACACAGUUUGUCCAACAAAACAAGCUUUUAUUUUUUACAUGUUUUGAUCUGUUAUUGCAGUAACUUUGUUCUUGGUUAUUGUACAUUUUCUGUAACCAUUUCUACCUCAUUUUUGCGGCAUAUUGUACAUGAAAGUAUUUAUUUCAUGUCUUUUUUGAUGUCUGUUUUAAAAUGAUAAUGUUCUUGAACUGUAAUGGUCUACCUCAGAAAAGACUGUAUU